UUUCUGUCACGGAAGCACCUGCGUUGUUUUUUUCAACUAUGAGGAAUGUAAAUAGAUGACACGCCAAAAAAAAACAAAAAAAAAAUCCCCCACGAACAGCAUGCUCAGCUUUGUACUGGUCGCGUUUUUCUCUGUGUUACUGGCAGUGCUGUUCAUUCCUCGCGACUGGUCCGUUACAUUUGGAAGUGAGUCAAGCCAGGGGCCCUCAGCGAGGCUCCUGAGCAGGCGUGAGCUGUCUCUGUACGACGGGGAGGAAGGCAGCAGGGGCCUGUACCUGGCCCUACUGGGGCAGGUGUUUGAUGUGAGCAGGGGACACAAGCACUAUGGACCUGGUGGUGCUUAUCACGUUAUGGCAGGCAAAGACGCCUCUCUGGCCUUCAUCACUGGAGACUUCACAGAGAGCGGCCUGACAGACGACGUGUCCAGUCUGUCCCCGCUGCAGGUGGUGGCGCUCUACGACUGGUUGGCCUUCUAUCAGAAAGACUACGUGGCUGUGGGUAUGGUAAUAGGCCGGUUCUACAGCGAGACUGGGCAGCCCACGCAGGCACUGAUGCAAGUGGAGGCAUCGCUAGCGGAGGGGCAGCGAAUCAAGGCCCAGACUAAAGCGGAGAUGGUUCGCUUCCCCGCCUGCAACUCAGAAUGGAGCGCUGCCAGGGGAGGAAGAGUCUGGUGUUCCACGAAGAGUGGAGGAGUGGUACGAGACUGGAAAGGUGUCCCGCGGAAGCUCUUCUCUCCGGGCUCCAGCAGUGUUCGCUGCGUCUGUGUCGAAGACCCAUCUGCAGCAGACGAAGACCCCAAUCUGCAGAAAUAUGACAGCUGCCCUCCACAUGCUGACUCAUGCUCUGUGGGAGAGUACUAAUCUGUGGGCCAGCCUGGAAAAUGGACCUAUUCAUAGCUGUUUUUUUAGCAGCACAGCACUCAGGCAAACACAGAGACUUUUUGGCUUGUAAAAAAUCACAGCACCAAACUUUCUUUUUACAAUAAAGAGGCAAAAUGAGGAACUGCCAAUGCAUUGAUUUUUGAUGACCUUUAUGUAAAGUUGUCCUCCCUUUCUCUAAAAGAAUACACCAGGGAGAGACGGGCUAGAUAUCUGAGCAUACAGAUACAAUACAAUGUGCAUAAAAGAUUAAACAAUGUGCAUAAAAGAUUAACAGAGGCAAGAUUUAGGUUUGUCACAAUGACAAGCACAAACUGCAUUAAAGUACAAAACAGUUGUAGUGGUCAAAAAUAUCACACAUUUAUCUGUACAAUUUAACAAUACUUAAAGAGGCCCCACUACCUGGCCGUCCCUCUGCUGACUCCACAUUCUCCCCAAUGAUCAGAAAUGUCAUGUGAUCUUGAUAAAGUGCACCUGUUAGGCUUAGAAAUCAUGAAGCGUUACAUAUGAUGGGUCAAGACAAGAACUUGACAUGAAUGAGGCAACAUCGGGGCGGGAGAGGGCUAUGAUCAGAACUACUUACAAGGACCUUAUGGCAGGUCAAAAAUGGAAUGUAAUCAUUUGGUGACUGAUUUUAAAGUAUGAUUUAUGAUUAGAACCAUGACAUAAAAAGGCUACAAAUGAAAUUACAUGCAUAGGCAUAAUAGGCAUUUCUGUAACUGAGGAGGAUUGAUGACAGAAGUUGGUUUUGGGGACUACAUUUCUAUUCCUUUCAUGGUUUAAAAAAAAAAAA